AUGGCAGUGAAGCCCCAUCUUGUGAGCUCUCAUCCACAGCACUUCAACCUUUGGUGCGAGGGUGCUGGGAGACUUUGCUGUAAUUCAGUUCUUGAUGCCGAAGCCAAAGCCACUUGGCAUGCUCUUACUAAGGCUGUUGAGCGGCAGUUGGACAAUAUAAUUUUGGAGACCGACUCGAUGCUCCUGGCGAACAUCUUAACGAGGAAAACGGAGAUCCCUUGGAAGCAAAGAUCUAUCUUUACUGACUGUUUCUCACUUUUGCACUUAUUUUGUUCAUUUUGUAUUAGUCACAUUCCUCGCGAAGCUAAUCAGGCAGCUGAUUGGCUUGCGCAUUUUGGUAGAUAUGCUAAUUGCUUUACCUUUUGGGAGGAUAGUCAUCCUCUAGAACUGCAAAAGCUUUUGUUACUAGAUGCACCAAAUUGUAUUGUUAUGCAUCAUGUGCUUGCUUAA